AUUUUUAAAAUCCACAGAGAAGUCAUGUCCAGCGGGUACCAGAUAGUGGUGCAGGGUGAGGCCUCUGAGACGGACUCUGAUGAUGAAGUCUACAUCACCUCCAUGUCUGCUCCCCAAAUUGCCACAGUCGGAGCAAAGGUUCCCGGUGAGGCAUCUGAAACAGACAGUGAGGGUGAUGAGGGUGAUGAGGAGCAGGUCGACCGAGCCUCCUCCAUGAGCCAGGAGAGCGCCCAGGUACUGAGGAGAGACCUGCCUCCUCUUAUUGUAGUCAGAGACCAUCCUGAUAUACAGUCGAUAGUGGAAGACAGGCCAAGUCCCACACACAGACCACAAGGUGAAACGCUUUUACAACAGAAGCUGCAGGAAUCUAACAGCCGGCUGUAUUUUGACGUGGGACAGAUGGUACGGCAGGUUUAUGGCAGUGCCAGUAGAGAGGUUCACAGUGCAACAGCUCAGCUUAAUACUUCGCAGAGCGCCAUCAUCAAUGCGUCCCACAGCAUCAGAUUAAUCCUGGAUGACCUGAAGGCUGUGUCCGAAAAGAUUGACAUCAUCACCAGCUGUCAAAUACUGCCCGAUAUUAACAUUAAUAAUCCAAAUAAUCAUACUACUGCUGUACCUUAAAGAAUACAUUUAUCUACAAUAUUCUUUUUUUUAACAGUCACACUUGAUAUUUAUUUGUCCGUCAGGACUAUCUGUCCUUUGGGGAUAUUUCUGUAAAGAGAUGAUGUUCUGUCUUCCUAUGUUUUACAGCUGUCUUUCAGACUAACACUUUGAUUAACAUUUAACAAAGGAUUUUAUUCACAAUAUUGUUUUUUUUCUAGUGGAUCUUUAUGAAUCUUAAUAUAUGUGAUAGGCCAAUGAGGCAGAUUUGCUCUCAUACGAUAAUAAUUUGUUUCCCUUGUGUGUCAAAAUUGUAACAUAAAUUGAACUAAUAUAAAUAUU